AUGUGUCAGGAAAGAUACACCGUUGGACUGGUCUCUGCAUUGCCAAAAGAGCUCUACGCCGUACGAGCACUGUUCGACCACCGACAUCAAGACCCGGUCGGCCUCGAUCCUCACGACACGAAUAGCUAUGUCUUUGGACGGAUCGGCCACCAUGAUGUCGUCGCCGCUUGUCUCCCACAAGGCGAAUAUGGCACGAACUCUGCAGCCGAUGUUGCAACAAAUAUGAGCCGCAGCUUUCCUGCUCUUCAGUUUUGUCUACUGAUAGGUAGAGGGGGUGGCGUUCCCUCUCCAGAGAACGAUGUUCGCUUGGGGGACGUGGUCGUCAGUCUACCUACGGAUACACACCCCGGUGUGAUUCAGUAUGAUUUGGGGAAGGCCACGGCGGAUGACACCUUCAAAGCAACUGGGUUAUUGACUCGGCCGCCGCGCGUUCUGACGGAAGCAAUCAUCAAUCUCACAUCCGAUGAUACUCUUCCUCCAGAUUUUCUUCGAGUCUUUAUGCAACAAGUUGCGACGCGAAAUUCCUCGUAUCAUAGUCCUGGACUCGAGAAUGACGUUCUGCAUCAGUCAGACACCAUACACGAGGUAUCCUACGAUAAGGGUUCCGGGGGGUAUGACUGCCCGCUGGCUGAACGCUCAGAGCGUCGCUCUGACUAUCCCCGAAUCUUCUACGGAAUUAUCGGAUCAGGUAAUCAGGUCGUCAAGAGCUCAAGGAUUCGUGAUCAAUUGGGAGAACGUUAUCAUAUUCUCUGCUUGGAGAUGGAGGCAGCCGGGGUGAUGAACACGAUUCCUUGUCUGGUUAUUCGCGGCAUCUGCGACUAUGCAGAUGCUCACAAGAAUAAGAUAUGGCAGGAGUACGCCGCUGCCGCUGCUGCAGCAUACGCUAAAGUUCUCCUGUCU